UUUCGCUGCAGAGUCAGCAGCUAGAUUCCAAUUGGACUUGGUGUACAGCGUACAAUUACAUGGCCAACAUCCCCCUUGUUAGUUGGGAUAUUCGGCGAUACAAGACUGUUCACUACUGCGCUCGGUCUUCGAGCAUUUUCUUCAGCUGCUCCAACUCCUUUUCCUUCUCGAUCAGGGUUGAGCGCCACUUCUGGUCUUCAGCGAGGACGGCUCGUUUGGCCUCCUCCAGGCGUUCCGCCUCUUCUUUCUCCAUUUGCAGCGUGAACUCGGGGGUGCCGCCUUUGCUGGCCUCCAGACUCGCCACAUUCGCGAGAUGGAAGGGCACAGGUUUUCUACGUGUGCGGACCAGGGGAGUGGGCGGGUGUUGAGAAUGGACGGGUCCUGCUCGUAUGGCAACG